GGAACUAGGCGGUUUGCGUGAAUUGCAGGAGUUUGACAGAAACAGACGGCGACGUCUCGGAGGCAGAGUGUAUGGCCGAGGCCGUGAAGCCCCGCCGGGCCAAGGCCAAGGCCAGCCGGACCAAAGGCAAGGAAAAGAAGAAACAUGAAGCACCUCAGACUUCUGAUGAAGUUUCCCUUCUCGAGACUUCUAGAGAGCAGGAAAUCCCGUCUCUAGCUUGUGAACUCAAAGGAGAUGAUCUGAAGGUGUCAGCUGAUUCCCAGCUCCACAAAGAUGUCAGUGGAUGGAAUGAAAGUGAAAUGUUUGAUAUACCACUCACCUCCUUGACUGUAGGUGAUGAAGGGUCCCUGAUACGUGACACAGAGGACCUGAAAGAAAGGGGGGAGAUCAGAGCCCAUGAUGGAGAUGAUGAAAUCAAGAUGAAGGUCGACCCUGGAGACAACGUUAGAACUACAGUUGAACCUUCCAAGAACUUUACAGAGGGAGAGGAAAGCACACUAAUACAACAGGGAUCUUCAGAAAGCACACCACAGUUUGAUUUUCCCUGUACUCAGCAGGAAAUGGGAAGUUUACAAGUCAGAGAAACUCAGACUAGGAAAGAUGAAGAAGCCAUUGGUUGUUCAAAGGUGCUUCAGAAUGCUAGCUUGCACAGUUCUUAUGAAGCCAAAGAAGUUUCUCAGUCACCUAGAGUGAGGAAAUUGUAUCCUGAGUUGCCAGCUGAAAUUGUGGAAGUACCAUCUUUGGUGGUGGUGAAGCCCUUGCUCUGUAGUGAGCGACUCUACCCAGAACUCCCUUCUCAACCAGAGCUAGUACCAUUUACUAAAGAACAGCUAAAACUCUUGGAGCCUGGUUCAUGGCUGGAAAAUGUUGAGUCAUAUGUAGAAGAAUUUGACAGCAUUGCUCAUCAGGAUAGGCAUGAGUUUUAUGAGUUACUCUUGAACUACUCACGAUGCAGGAAGCAAUUGCUGUUGGCUGAAGCUGAGCUCCUUACUCUGAUGUCAGAUUGCCAGAACGCCAAAAGUCGACUGUGGAACUUUAAGGAUGAACAAAUGGCUGUACAGGGUAUCUGUGCAGAUCAAGUGAAAGUUUAUGGCCAUCACCACUACCAGAGAGUAGAGAUGAAUGAAAGUGUCCUGGGAGAACUGAAGAAGCUAUUUGAUGCCAAAUCUGAGCACCUCCACCAGACGCUGGCCCUGCAUUCUUACACUUCUGUGCUCUCGAGGUUGCAAGUGGAGUCGUACAUCUACACGUUGCUCAAUAGCUCAGCUGUUCUGAGAUCUUUAGCAGUUUAUCAGCAAGACCAAGUUUCUAAACUGACAGAAAGCAUCCCCUCUGACGUGUGUCAGCUGAAGGAGUGCAUCAGUGUCUUGUUCAUGUUCACCAGGAGAGUGAGUGAAGAUGCCCAGUUCCAUGAAGACAUCCUUCUCUGGCUGCAGAAACUAGUGUCGGUGUUACAAAGAGUUGGCUGUCCUGGAGAUCACUUCUUCCUUCUCAACCACAUUCUUCGCUGCCCAGCUGGCGUCAGUAAGUGGGCCGUUCCUUUCAUACAGAUCAAAGUGUUGAAUAACCCUUCAGGGGUCUUUCAUUUUAUGCAGUCCCUUGCCCUGCUGAUGUCUCCUGUCAAAAAUCGAGCAGAGUUUAUGUGCCACAUGAAGCCCAGUGAGCGGAAGCCAUCGUCUUCAGGGCCUGCAUCUGGGAACUGGACACUCGUAGAUGAGGGGGGAGAAGAGGAUGAAGACCCUGAGACCAGUUGGAUUCUACUUAAUGAAGAUGACUUGGUCAUCCUUUUGUCCCAGUUUCCCUUUCAUGAACUCUUUCAACAUCUUCUUGGGUUCAAAGCAAAAGGUGAUUAUUUACCUGAAACAACGAGGCCUCAAGAGAUGAUGAAGAUUUUUGCCUUUGCCAACUCAUUAGUGGAACUCCUGGCUGUGGGGUUAGAAACCUUUAACAGAGCCCGCUACAGGCAGUUUGUGAAGCGCAUUGGCUACCUGAUAAGGAUGACCCUUGGCUAUGUCAGUGACCACUGGGCGCAGUAUGUGAGCCAUAGCACAGGCAUGGGAUUAACACUACAGCCCUACUCUGUGGAGAAACUGCAGAUUGAAUUUGAUGAGCUGUUUCUCAGAGCUGUUCUACAUGUCCUGAAAGCCAAAAGACUUGGCAUUUGGCUGUUUAUGUCUGAGAUGCCCUUUGGCACGCUCUCGGUCCCAAUGCUCUGGAAGCUCUUCUACCUCAUGCACCAGGCGGAGAGUGGGAGCCUGCAGCACCUCUGUGCCUCCCUGCAGCCGGCCGAGUGCAAGAGGCAACUCCAAGACCCAGAACAUUUUGUGAACUUGGAGAAGUAUCUUUCUUCCAUGAACAGCUCAGAAGAGAUUUGCCUUCUGACGACCUUUGCUCAGAUGGCUCGGGCCAGAAGAACCAAUGUAGAUGAGGACUUCAUAAAAAUUAUUGUUCUGGAGAUAUAUGAGGUAUCUUAUGUCACCCUGUCCACCAGAGAGACUUUUUCAAAGGUUGGUCGAGAACUUUUGGGGGCCAUCACAGCUGUUCACCCUGAGAUUAUUUCUGUCCUUUUGGAUAGAGUGCAAGAAACCAUUGACCAAGUUGGAAUGGUUUCUUUAUACUUGUUUAAAGAAUUGCCAUUGUAUCUCUGGCAACCUUCUGCCUCUGAGGUAGCUGUGAUUCGGGAUUGGUUAUUGAAUUACAGCCUGACAGCAGUGAAGAACAAGUUGGCCUGUGUGAUCCUAGAAGGACUGAACUGGGGAUUUGCUCAACAGGCUACCCUUCAUUUGGAUCAGGCAUUGCACACUGAAGUAGCCUUGCUGGUUCUCGAGGCUUAUCAGAAGCACCUCUCACAGAAGCCCUAUGCUGGUCUUAUUUCUGAAAGUAUGAAACAGGUUUCAUACCUGGCCAGUAUUGUUCGAUAUGGAGAGACUCCUGAGACCUCAUUUAACCAGUGGGCCUGGAAUUUGAUCUUGAGGUUAAAAUUACACAAAAAUGAUUUUGGAGCACAGCAGAAUUGUCCAGUUGUUCCCUUCUCCAGCACAGUACCUGACAUGACAGAAUCACCCGUGUUUCAUCCUCUCUUGAAGGCUGUGAAGUCAGGCAUGCCCAUUGGCUGCUAUCUUGCCUUAGCUGUGACAGCUAUUGGCCACAGCAUUGAGAAGUUCUGUGCGGAAGGUAUCCCACUGUUGGGAAUUCUGGUCCAAUCAAGGCAUUUGAGAGCAGUGGUCCAUGUCCUAGAUAAGAUUCUACCCAUGUUCUACCCUUGCCAGUAUUACCUUCUGAAGAAUGAGCAGUUUAUGUCAAACCUCCUCCUCUUCCUACACUUGGACAGUGGUGUUCCUCAGGGUGUCACGCAGCAGGUUACCCACAAGGUGGCGCAGCAUCUGACAGGAACCAGCCAUGGGGACAACGUGAAGCUUCUUAAUAGCAUGAUCCAGGCACACAUCGGUGUGAGCACGCAGCCUAAUGAAGUGGGUCCUGUGGCUGUGUUGGAGUUCUGGGUCCAGGCUCUCAUUAGCCAGCAUCUCUGGUACCGAGAACAGCCUGUUCUCUUCCUCAUGGACCACUUGUGUAAAGCAGCUUUUCAGUUGACACAGGAAGACUGUGUGCAGAAAUUGCUCUACCAACAGCACAAGAACGCUUUGGGUUACCACUGUGACCGAAGUCUGCUCUCUUCUUUGGUGAACUGGAUUGUGGCAGGCAACAUCACGCCUUCCUUUGUGGAGGGCUUGUCCAUGUCCACGCAGGUUUGGUUUGCAUGGACUGUGCUGAACAUGGAAUCCAUCUUUGAAGAGGACUCUCAGCUCCGAAGAGUUGUUGAAGGGGAAUUGGUUAUAAAUGCUUUUACCCCUGACCAAGCUCUAAAGAAAGCCCAGCUCCAGCUGAAGCUGCCCAUCGUCCCAUCCCUGCCGAGAAUGAUGAUUUAUCGCUGGGCCCACCAGGCUCUGGCCACACCUUCUGAUCAUCCUCUUCUGCCACUCAUUUGGCAGAAGUUCUUCCUCCUGUAUCUUCACCGCCCAGGACCACAAUAUGGGUUACCCGUAGACGGUUGUAUUGGAAGAAGGUUUUUUCAAAGUCCCUCGCAUAUCAAUUUGUUGAAAGACAUGAAGAGACGCCUGACUGAAGUGGCUGACUUCCACUAUGCUGCAAGCAAGGCCCUCCGUGUUCCAGCAGAGGGCAGCGAAGGGACAGCAGAGCAGCAGGCUGGUACCCCUGGUUACCUGACUUCUCCAGAGCUGCACAGGGAGCUAGUGAGGCUCUUCAAUGUAUAUAUAUUAUGGCUAGAAGAUGAAAAUUUUCAAAAAGGAGAUACCUAUAUUCCUUCUUUACCAAAGCAUUAUGAUAUUCACAGGCUAGCAAAAGUAAUGCAGAAUCAGCAGGACCUGUGGAUGGAGUAUUUGAAUAUGGAGCGCAUACAUCAUGAGUUCCAGGAGACAGUUGGUCAGUGGACACAGGCCAAGCUCCAGUCGCCUUCGCCAUCCUGCAGCUCUUCAGCACAACUGGAUUUCACUGAUCCUUUGCUGGCUAAAGAAAGGGUUCUAAGUAACUUACGGAAGCAUGAGGCCCCCCAUCCUCCUCUUGUUUUGCACCCCGUGAGGCCUCCUGUGCCUCUCAUUCCCUCCGCUGUGCUGUUGAGUCAGAAGGACACCACCCAGCUCAUGUACACAGACCUGAACCUGUUGCAGCAGCACGCCAGAACUGCUGCUCUCCGAGAGUCUCAGCAGGUUGCCCUGGACGGCGAGCUGUUGGAGACCAUGCCCAAACAGUACGUUAACCGAGAAGAGCAGACCACCCUGCAUUUGGAGUGCAGAGGCAGUGCUGGGAAGAAGUGCCAAGGAGCAGCAGUCGUGACAGUCCAGUUUGAAGGGAUGUAUAAGAAUGAAGCAGUAAGCCAGCAGAUUCACGUUCUGCAAAAAGAAGUAAGGCAGUUCCAAGCAGAAGCUGCUCAGCCUCCUGCACUUAACGUUGUGGAAGCUGCUGUGCAUGCAGAAAACCUGAUCACGGCCUUAGUGAAUGCUUAUAAGUUACAGCCUACACCUGGGGUUCAGAAGAUUGGCAUCAGCCUCUUCUUUACUGUUGUGGACUAUGUCAGCGAAGAGACCCAGCGCCAUCCUCCUACGAGGCAGUUCUUCACGUCCUGCAUCGAGAUCUUGGGACAGGUGUUUAUCAGCGGCACUAAAUCGGAAUGCAGGAAGGUGCUGCAGACCAUUCUGAAGAACAGGCGUCUCUGCUCUCUGCUCUCCCCUUUCUUCACUCCCAAUGCUGCGCCGGCUGAGUUCAUCCAGCUGUAUGAGAAAGUGGUGAAGUUUCUAAGUGAGGACAACAGUGAUAUGAUUUUCAUGCUGCUCACCAAGUUCGAUGUUAAGCAAUGGUUAAACGCCACUAAACCUCCUCUGUCUGAUCGUACCAGGCUUCUGGAGUCCAUUCACUUGGCACUUACUGCCUGGGGCCUUGAACCAGAUGAAGAUAUCUUGAUGCCAUUUAAUCUAUUCUGUAAGCACUGGACUCACCUUCUACUCUACCAGUUCCCUGACCAGUACAGUGACGUUCUCAGGCUGCUGGUGCAAAGCUCUGCAGAGCAGUUGCUGAGUCCUGAGUGCUGGAAAGCCACUUUGAGAGCCCUGGGCUGCUCUGCCCCAAGCAGCCAGCAGGGGGCAGCUUCUGCCGAGAGCUCUGUGCUUCACAGUGCCUCAGAUGUUCUCUUGUCAGACAAGCAGGUAACGGAGACCAUCCAGUGGCUUUCUGACUUCUUUUAUAAGCUUCGGUUAUCCAAGCUGGACUUUAAAAGCUUUGGAUUAUUCUCGAAAUGGACCCCUUAUAUGGCUGAUGUGAAGACAUUUUUGGGAUAUCUUGUGAAAAGGCUGAUUGACUUAGAAAUCGCCUCCUUGGCCCAAGACCCAACUGCCAGCAGCAGAGAAGUGCUAAGAUCCCUGCACUCCCAGAUCAUCCAGCUUUUUAAGCCUUGGAUCCUGGUUUUAGAAGACAGUGAAAGCAGCCAGCAGCGACAUUACCCCUGGCUGGAGAGUGAUGCUGUGGUGGCCUCCAGCAUCGUGCAGCUCUUCACUGACUGCGUUGGCUCACUGCAUGGGAGUUUUAAAGACAAGCUAUUGCCAGGUGACGAAGGAGCCCUGCGGUUGCACCUGCUGCAUUACUGUGAAGCAUGCACAGCACCCAAGAUGCCAGAGUUCAUUCUCUACACUUUUCAUAAUGCAUAUCAGAAUCUCGAGUGGAAGGACCUGCACCCUGACCAGAGGCUCAUGGAGGCCUUCUUCAAGGUGGAACGUGGAAGCCCCAAGAGCUGUUUCUUGUUUUUGGGGUCUGUACUCUGCAGAGUCAACUGGGUUAGUGUGCUGUCUGAUGCCUGGAAUCCCAGUCCCCUUCCUGAAACCCAGAGCAUGGUUGUCUGUCUCCUUUUCAUGAUGAUUUUACUGGCAAAGGAAGCUCAGCUGGUCGAUCAGACAGAUUCACCUUUAUUAAGUCUUCUUGGACAGACCAGCUCACUCUCAUGGCAUCUUGUGGACCUCGUGUCCUACCAGAGCGUGCUGGGUUAUUUCAGCAGUCAUUACCCACCAUCCGUCAUCCUGGCCAAAGACUGUUCUGCUGAACGCAUCGUGAAGCUCUUGAAAGUGUCUGCAGGACUCUCUGUUCCUGCUGAUGGCCAGAAGCAUCGCGACAUAGUUCCAAAGUGCCAAGCUUUCACUCGUCAGAUGGUUCAGUUUCUCAGUGCCCUGGAGCAGUCUGGAAAAGUCACUUUCCCAGUCCUGGAGCAGGAAAUAUCUAAGCUCUUAGAUGAUAUCAUUGUCUUUAACCCACCCGACAUGGACAGCCAGGCCCGCCACAUGGCCCUCAGCAGCCUCUUUACGGAAGUCCUAAUGAUGAUGAACAAUGCAACUAUCCCAACAGCAGAAUUCCUUGCUGGCAGUAUUCGGACCUGGAUUGGCCAAAAAGUGCACGGGUUGGUAGUGCUGCCCCUUUUAACAGCAGCCUGCCAAAGCCUGGCAUCAGUCCGCCACAUGGCUGAAACCACAGAAGCCUGCAUCGCUGCCUACUUCAAGGAAGGCUCCCUCAAUCAAAAUUUAGGAUGGGGCCCCAUUCUGGUGUCCCUUCAAGUUCCUGAGCUCACCAUCCAAGAGUUUCUGCAGGAAUGUUUAGCCCUGGGCAGUUGCUUGACUCUCUAUGUCUACCUGCUUCAGUGUCUAAACAGUGAACAGACUCUGAGGAACGAGAUGAAGGUGCUUCUCAUCCUAAACAAGUGGCUGGAACAGGUGUACCCAAGCUCCGCGCAGGAAGAAGCAAAGCUGUUUCUGUGGUGGCAUCAAGUCCUACAGCUGUCGCUGGUUCAGGUGGAGCAAAACGACUCGGUCCUGACAGAGUCCAUCAUCCGGAUCCUGCUCAUGCUGCAGAGCAGGCAGAGCCUUAUGGCCGAGGAGAGGCUCAGCUCUGGGAUCCUGGGGGCUAUUGGCUUGGGCCGGAAAUCGCCCUUGUCCAACAGGUUCCGUGUGGUUGCCCGAGGCAUGGCCGCCUUCCUGUCAGUUCAGGUGCCUGCAGAAGACCAGAUUCGUCUGAAGCCUAGCUCCGAAUUACAUCUGACUCCAAAAGCUCAGCAGGUGCUGACUGCUCUUGAAUCCAUGACACUCAGUAAGCAGUAUGUGGAAUACCAGGAUCAGAUACUGCAAGCUAUACAGUUCAUAAAGCAUCCUGGCCAUUGCCUUCAGAAUGGGAAAAGCUUCCUGGCUCUUCUUGUCAACUGUCUCUAUCCAGAAGUGCAUUAUUUAGACAACAUACGAUAGUGAUGCCGAAGCCCUCCGAGACCCUCUGCUCUGGGCGUCCGUCCAUCACUUUCACUGUUGCACAUGUACCUUUGUUCAGUUUCACCGCAGAGCUCAGUUCUGCCAGGAACUUGAUCAAGGUGCAGGUUGGGAGGCGUUAGAUAGUUCUGGCUGUAUGUUUGUCUCUUGUUGUCCAGAGACUUGUUAGAUUUUGUGUUCUUCCACAGUGAACCUAAGUUCUGCUGAGUACAGAGCCACUCACAUUUGGGAAAUGUGCCAGUCAACUCCCUAAGAACUACAGAUAGAGCUUUUGAUAUGUCUGCACUUCUGUCUCCCUGCUUUGUAGAAAUGUCAAGACUCCUAUGCCAGAUCUGACUACUUUGGGAGUCAUGAAGAGCCCUCUUUUGGACUCCGUUUGUAUUCUUCCAAUGUAAAAAAAAUCAACUUGGAAAAUGUCUGCAUUUCUUAAAUGUGGGGAAAUACACCAGCUUACAAGUAUUAUGUUAUUUCUCGUAGAGUAGAGAUAAUACACUGAAUUAAGUCAGGAGUGGUGGUGCACACCUGUAAUCAGCACUCGGGGGCUGAAGUAGGAGGAUCAUAAGGGUGGGGCAGUGUGGGGUGCGAUCGAGUAUCUCAACAAGCAAAACAAAACAGUCAUACAGAAGACAUGUCACUUAGCCCUGGCCACAGUGGACAGCAGAGACGGUGACACAUCCGUUUUCAGCUGCAUGUCCUCCGGAAGUGUGCCUUUCUGAUUGACGUGGUAGCCUGUGCACGACAGCUGCUGUGCACAGGUGUGUCUUGUUUGGUCCAUGUGGUGGGAGUGCAAACAGCACUGACGCCGCCACCGUGGCUACGAGAGCGCUCUAUUCCCUUGAGACUCCUCAUUCACAUCGUUUUAUUGGCUCUGUCUGCGGAAGUCCCCAACUCCUGACGUAUGUCAGCACUCUCUGCAGGCCUACUGUCAAGGGACACUGGGUCUUUGUCCUUCUUCCCUUGGUUAAGUUUAGGUGAAACUCACAGACAUGCUGGAUGCAUGCCCAGGGAGAAGGGCCAGGUCGGGGGAUCUGAGAAAUCUGGCUGUGGUGAGCAGCCCCGUGCUUCUGUCACUGUUGACAGUCCGUCUGCAUUGCCAAAGCCUGUCUGGCACGCUGCCGGGUUCCCUCGACAUCUCUUGCUCAUGUCACUUCCUGCAGGAGUUAGAAAUUAGACUUCUAUCAAUAUAUUUAUAAUUCUCAAAGUGGCCCCAAACCAAUUUUGUUUGUUCAGCUUAAAAUAUACCUUUGUUUUUAUAGGUCAUGGCUCAGAGAUACUUGUAUAAAAUCUCUGGAUGGCCACCAAGCGCCUUGAGUAGAGAUGGGGUUUACCGUUAGUGGGGUGCUGCCCCUUCAUUGGAAGCUUUCGGGAAUUCUUCUUACUGAGAACAACUCUGCCUGGUUGACAUGCCUUGGAACACUGAUGAAGAAUGUCCCUAUUCAGUGUCACAAAGUGUCAUUGCACAGGGAUAUGUCUCAGCCUUCUUUGCCUCUCUCUGUUUCCCAAAUCAGUCAUCUUCCCUCCGAGGAGAAGAAAACUUGAGACGUGGUAGACAGUUGAGCAAGCAGCAGUGAUUCUGUGACCAGGAAGUACUGUUUGUGUGUGGUUUCUCUGAGGAGAGCCAAGUUCCCAGUACCCUAGAAUGUGAAAUGUUUGAGUGAUAGUGUAUACAUUUUAGAGAACCAAUUAAUUUUGCAAGUUUGUAAUAUGUGUAAAUUUUGUCUGUAAAAAGCAUAAACAAUAAAAUCAACUUUUGAUUAUAACUGAUGAUUCUGAAUUGAAGGCUAAUGUAGAUUUUUUAUGCCUGAUAUUAAAUUUAUUUGGCUUUGUGACUAGUCAGUGAAAGUGCUGCUUUUUCAUCCUUGCGUAAUAUCUGAGAGUGCUCAGAUCCUAGGAGCAGCACUGGGCUGGGUGCUCUAAAGAUGUGAAACAAUGCAGAACAAAGAAAGCGCCCGCACACAGCCUGGCUCGCUGCUUCAAGGAUGGACCAGGCUUUGCUAGGACAGGGGUUCACUCCCAGAGUGCAAAGCCAUGGCAUCAGAGACAGUGACGAGCACUUGACGUCCUGUUCAACAAGGUCAAGGUCUGAGCAAUGUGGAUGGUGGACCAUUGAAGGCUCAGAGGCUCCUGCACCACGGCAUCAAGUCCUUCCAGGAACAGAAGGGGAGUUUUGAUCUCAUUGGAAGUGCCUCUGCCUCUCCAGUCAUCACUCACCACCCCGGGGUGCACACAUGGGGCAGAGACAUUGCUUUGGCCUUCCAUCUCCUUGCUCUACAACCUCACUAGACAGGAGAAGGCAGAGGCUGUUUCUUUUGGCAGAGAGGUCCUGUGGCUGUCAGUACAGUGUGAUAAUGGCUGUGAUACAUAUACUUGUGUCUUUAUACAUUUCUAAAGCUCUUGCACACUUGACCUUGCCUCUAGACUUGACUGGUAUCUUGCUGGUUAAGUGUUCCACCUCUCCUGUAUUGUGCCCAAGUCAUUUGGUUCUUUGGUGUCAGAAGAUGUGAAAUGUUGAUGCUCCGCCUAAAUUAGCCAGCAGUCUUGCUCCACCAAGGCCAAUCAGUCUAAGCCCUGGUAUGUCCAAGCUCUUCAUCUGAAUCAAGGUGCUGAUACUGAUUUUCAAAGAUGUGUAUUUGAAAAAUUACUCCUAAAGUGGGAAGCCAAUGUCUAGAAUCAUGGACAGAGUCAGUACAUUAAAUACCUCAAUCUCCUCAGUGGGGACCCUCAACUUCUCUACCUGGCCAGUGUCUUGGAGUCCACUGCUGGCCCAGCCUCACCUAUGCUCGGGCUCUCUGGUUCUGCUUAUCUUGAGCCAGAACAAUUCCUGGUGACCUUGCCUAUUGGUUGUGGAUCUGCCUGGAACACCUGGGCACGGCCUGUUCUCUUUCUCUUAGUAUACCUUGAGACAUUUCCCCUUGCCACAUCUCUGACCUCUUCUACCCUUACCCCUUAGUCCUCUCCAGGUCCAUGCUCAGAAUUCUUAGUACUCUUCAAACAUGAUAUCCAAUAAAACUGCUUUGUGGGGGCAAAGUGCCCAAAUCAGUCCACACUGCUGUGCCAAGGAUUAGUAGUGCCUGAACUAUGAUAAGACAAACAGAGCACCUGGGAACAUGUUUCACUUGGCACUCACAGGUGCAGGGAGAGAACACAUCUCUGUCUUUCUUAUUUGUGGUGCUUUUGCUGCCUUUUUCUAGUCCCUGCCCCAGUAUUGUCGUACUCCUGUAGGCCAGGCAGUGCAAAUCCCUCUAAUACACACUGGGGCAGCAUCCGCUCCCAUUGUGUUCUGUAGUUGGCACAUUAACCUAGCAUUGAGUUAAACUGUAGACCCUUUAAUAACAGUCACUGCCCAAGACCAGGUUUGUGGAGCAUCUACUUGGUGGGCGCCAAUGAUCAGGCUCUUUGAACCUCAUCCUUGCUCACUUCUCAGCUUACUUUGAGGUAAUAGCUGAUCACGGUAGGUGAGACUCUUGACUUAGAGCCAGGCCCUAAACAGAUUCUUCUGCUCCACCAGGGCGCUCCUGUUUUUGAGCAUGCAAGGGAUCAUGUGGCCAGAAGCAGGUCACGUGCUUAGUGAGUUUCCUUCAUUCUACACAGGUUCCUCAUUCCUCUUGAGAAUAACUUGGAAAAAAAUCUAUGCUACUCCGAUUUUAGUAAUAAGAGUGCUAAGGAAUGUUAGUUAUACCUUGUUUUCAAUGCAUUGUGUAAUACCACUGAGCACUGAGGGAAUUUUUCUUUCAGUGGUUUAAGAUGACCUAGUGGCGAUCAGUACUGACAGUCUUCUUGGCUUGUCUAGUGUGACCUUUAAAACCACAGUUUUAUUUUGGUCAUUAACUGUGCAAUAUUUACUUCUGAUUCAUUGUUUAAUAUUUUCUGUGCUUGUAUGAAGGACACAUUUUUGUCUAAUGGUGAGAAAUGGAAGAUGUGAGACUUAGUGAAGUGAAAAUCUGCAAAUAAAGAACAUUGUGAUUUA